AUGGAGGAAGUCACGCAAAAUCCUAUGGACGAAGCAAAUCCGGUAUCCUUUGCAGUUUUACGCAUCCCGUUUUUUUUAGAACCAGAGUAUAGCCGCGACGAAACUUGGAGCGAGACGAAUAGGAAACGAUUGGAAAGGAAGUGGGGCGGGAAGGAAGCGUUUGAUGCGCAAAAGAAAAGGCAUCAGCUAAAAGAAAGAGGACGAGAAGUUGGGAUUCAACACUUCAAUUUAGAUAGGAAAGCGUCGAAUACGUUGAAAUCGCAUCGGUUGGUCCAAUGGGUGACGAAAAAUUACGGAUGCGCAAAAUCGGAAGCGUUGUACGAUGUGCUCAAUGUCGAACACUUUGUAAACGGGAAGAAGUUGAACGAUGCGAAGAUGCUUUUAGAGUGCGCGAAGAAGAUUAGCGAUGGAGUGAUCGAUUUGGAGAAAGCUGAAAAGUUUUUAGCCUCGGACGAAGGCGAGAAGGAAAUCGUUUUAGCGAAGAAAGCCUUGGAUAGGUUAGGCAUACACUCGAUUCCGAAUUUCGUCAUCGGUGGAAAGGAGGUCUUAUCCGGGGCGGUACAUUGGAAAGAGUUAGUUGGAGCAUUCCGACGAAUCGAAAGAACUGGUCUUGGAGCGCCAGAGAACGCAUUUGCGACUAUAUUAGGCAUUCCCGAAGAGAUUAUUACUCAGACAACUCUGGACCCGACGAAGUACGCCGCGACGGUGUAG